AUGUGGAAGCCAGCUCCAGAGCUGUAUCAAACAAUGGAUGGUCGUCGCUUGCUGCACAACUCAUCUGGUCCCUUGCGGCAUCGAGAGAGGCCAAGAGAAGCCUCUCGCAAGAUGGAGCAUCCCGGACUGCGUAAGAGACGAGAGUACCUUAUGCGUGGAUUGGACAACAACGUCGGCUCCCUGCUCGAGUGCCGUUGCAGGAAACCUCGAGUGGAACAUGAAGUGCGCUCCAUGAGCCUCGUCAACUAUGAUCGGGAUACCAUGCUCGUGAUACACCUUUGCGAUCUCCUCCAGGGCUACACACUCCAUAAUCCAAAAUGGCCAACUCGAUGCUCUCUGCGGAGACACCACGAGAAAUAUUCCAGAGCUCGUCAUAACAAGGAAGAACAUAGUGAGGCAUUGCUCCAGCAAGAACCAUGGCUGAGAAUGCCGAGACGUGGGCGUUCCCGGGGAGGAUCAAAACGUCUUCGGUCUUGCAGCAGCUCAUGA